AUGGCCACUUGCAAUUUGUUUCAGUCGAUUUUGUUUGUCGCCUUGGCUUCAUCGACUCUGGUCGCCGCUUUUAUCGUUCCAGGUAUGAUUUUUGGUCAAGGGAGCCCUUAAGGGGUUAUAAAUAUAUUUUUAACCGUGGAGCACACUUUCACUAAUUUUCAGAGUUAAAUAAUUUUUUUUCGAGUAAAUGUUCCUGUAAUAUAUGUCUAUUGAGAUGAAGGAUCAAAGUCGGCUAUUUUCAAGUCUUAAAUGCGCUCCAUUGAUAAUUUUCGAAUUUUUCAAAUUUCCAGCCAACGCGCCAAACCGACUACGACAAUGGCGGUUUCUCCGGCCGGACCUUGUGGAUUUUAACCUUCAAUUGGCUUCGACUGAUGUGAGUUUUAAUUGAGUCUGAACUAUAAGAAAAAACUGAAAUCAGCUGAUCUCUCUUCUUAGGGAUUUUUGAGUGAUCCCUGUAGGGUUAAAAAGAUAAAAAGCUCCUCCAGGAGCCGAAAAAGUGAUCCCUAUAGGGGUAAGAUCAAUGUGGUCCCUAUAGGGGUUCAAGGUCUGAUUCCUUAGUCCCCAAAGCUCAAGUGGUCCGUGUAGGGGUUAGGGAGAUAAGCAGCCCUCUUAGGAGCCGAAAAAAUGGUCACUAUAGGGGUAAAGUCAAGGUGUUUAUUUAGAGGUUUACGGUGUGAUUCCUUGGCCCCUAAAGCUCAAGUGGUUCCUGUAGGGGUUAGGGGGACAAUCAGUCCCUCUAGGGGCCGAGAAAGUGAUCUCUAUAGGGGUAAAAUCAAGGUGGUCCAUGUAUGGGCUCAAGGUCUGAUCCCUUAGCCCUCAAGUGGUCCCUGUAGGGGUCUUUUAAUUUAUUCAACAACGCUUGUUAGAAGGUCCACUCCAAAGACCCUUAAGGUUGCCCCUAUAGGGACCACUCUGGAGUUCCAAGGGUCUCACUCUCAAUCUCCGAACACUUACUGAGAUUUUAAGACAAUUUUUAGAACUCUUCAUAUAUACCGCCGCGCGCAAGUAGUUCCCAGUCCGGCGCGCCUGAAAAUUAAAAGAGCCAUUUUAUACUUUCUAUGAAAGUUCAAAUAUUAAUAAUUUGUUAAAUUUAUCAUUUUCAGCCCCGUUCAAAACGCGAAAUGGAUCAUGAAGCGUUGGCCGUCGACAAUUUGGACGAACUGAAUAAAAGGACAAGCUUGAAACGGCUCGUUUACCUGUCGGCUCGUGGUUUCGGCCGUCGUUGA